AUGAAUUUAGCAGACGAUGACGAAAAUGGUGCCGGGUCCGCUGAAUCUGAAUCCGAUAAUGAAGUAGACGAGACUAUGGAAGAUGUUGAUCCUGAUGACGACAAUGGAGAAGAAGGAGACGGUGAUGGAGACGGUGAUGGCGAUGGCGAUGGUGAUGGAGAUGGCGACGGAGACGGUGAUGGCAACGACGAUGACGAUGAAGGCGAUAACGAUGAUGACGACGACCAAGACGAGCCUGAUUCACCUUCUCAGCCGAGUCGAAACCUACAAAAUGGAGUGUCCACCACACCGCGCAAUGGCCAAGACUCUAUAACAAACCCAACCGUCACGUUCACUUCUCCUUCGCCGCGAGCCCCUUCGUCCGGGCUGACGUACCCAAUCCCUAUCCGCCCCAGUGUUCGCCCGGAAGCACUCACAGCAACUUUCUAUGAUAUUGCACCCACCAUAGCCGCCCCUCACAGUACCUCAAUCAAUGCAGUCACUGGAACCCCUGACAUGAGAUGGAUCUUCACAGGUGGCUCCGAUGGCUACAUCAGAAAGUUCAAUUGGGUCGAUACAGCAAAUGGCAAGCUAAUGCUUACGGUUGCGCAACGGCAUCCAUUCGUAGACAGUGUUACAAAAGCUGGUGUGCUACUGAGUUACUGGGAAAAUGAAGAGUCGAGAUCUAUGGACACACCAAAUGGCGAUGACUCAGCCACGCUUUCUCCCGUGUAUUCGUUAGCAGUUCAUCACCAGGCGUUAUGGCUCCUUUCAGGUCUUGACUCAGGCGGUAUUAAUGUCCAAUCUGUUCGACAUGAAGAGGGAAAGCGUAUAACGUGCUUGCAGGGUCAUACAAGUGCGGUUUCUGUGCUGACACUAUCUCAGGACGAGAGAUCUGUACUAUCAGGAAGCUGGGACAAAUCAAUCAAUGACUGGGAUCUGAAUACAGGGCAAGUGAAGAGAAAAUUCACGACUAGCGGUGGGCAAAUAUCAGCAAUUGAAUUGCGCCCGCAAUCUUCUUUGCCCGUGCCUCAAGAUUCAACGCCUCUGGUUCUGUCGAACGGCACUUACAGCUCCAACAACGCUGCCCGGCCGACUACCAAUGGCAUCAUUGCAAACGGGGCGAUGGCUACCGAAAAGACAGGUUCUCUUAAGGAGGAGGACAACGGCGUCGAGGACCCUCAAGUAUCUCCUGGGGGAUCCUUAUUCGGUGAUGGCGACUCGCUUUUCGGCGACAAAGACGAUGGGCAGUCUGCCUCAGGUGUCCCAGCCCUUGGUGACGACGAGGACGAUGAAUUCUCUCGUGCGAUCGCCAGCGGCAUACAACAACAAGAUGACGAAGAUGGGCAAGCCGACGUGGAUAUGAUAGACUCUGGGGGUCCUGUACAGCCAGCGGAUACCAUCACAGUUCCUGUGGGAUCAAAUGACAUGAUGGUAGCGUCAGAUGAGUUGAUCACAGAUGAGGCGACCGAUGUGCAGGCAGAUAGCCUUACCAAUGGCUUAGCCCACGCUGAAGAGACUCGUCCGCUUGAGGACCAAACAAGCUCCUCCCUAGGCCAGACUGACACCCCAGCUUCAUCGAACUCGGUCUUUUUGGAUGCCUCCAUGGAUGGCACUCUACGCGUAUGGGACAGGAGGCAGCCAAAUCCCAUCGCACGUAUUGCGCCGCCCCGCUCAGUGCCGCCAUGGUGCAUGAAUGCUUGCUGGUCACCUGACGGAAACUUCAUUUACGCUGGACGGAGGAAUGGAACAGUGGACGAAUACAGCUUACACAAAGGUCUCCGUGAUCCCAAGAGAUCAUUCAAGUUUCCAUCGGUUGGUGGCGCCGUGAGUGCCGUUCGAGCCAUGCCAAACGGUAGACACCUUAUAUGCGCAUCUCAUGAUAUCCUCCGAAUGUACGACUUGGACGAAGGGGCAACUUCUAGGCAUAGAGCGACUCCGUUUAGUGUCGUUCCAGGUCACCGUACUGGCGUCAUAUCCCAAAUUUAUCUCGACCCAACAUGUCGCUUUAUGAUCAGCACAGGUGGUAAUAGAGGCUGGGAAGGGAGCUCUACAGAGGUCCUGCUAGGCUAUGAGAUCAACGUGAUAUAA